AUACCAUUCUCAUGGCAAACGGCGAUCUGGAAGCAACAUAGAUUGAGUGCAUCAAUCAUCGAUUGUUCCGACUUUCGCUUUGCAAUGUUGAAUAGCAGUCUCGAGCAUCAGAUUCGACAUCUGUACGACUACAGAGCCCUUCCUUUUCUUAUCUUGCAAAUCUACAUUGAGGAACUCUUGAGCAAUAUAGGGAGAGCGAAACGCUCUGAGUACCGCAUCGAUCCACCCCCAACGAUGAUCGAGAAGUUCAAUCACCACAUCAAUCUCAAACGCCAAUGUCUCGCAUACAUAACCUUUCUGUGCUGGCUCAUUGACUUUGACGUCUUGAUCGAGACCAUGUUCGCCUGCGAGCCAUGCCUCAGAUCAUGCCUCCUACACGAUUUACCUAUUAUCCAAGCGAUCCUGAAAUACGCCGACCAAGAACUCAGCCACCUCAACCAACUCCUACAAUUUCAACUCUGUUGCGAGCACCCUCACCUACCACCUCCACGUCCACCUACCCCGAAGCCACCGACUCCAAAACCAUCAACACCUCAUCCUCCACCCCCAGAGCCACCACACUGUUUUUGCUGUGACCACUGCACGCAAACAAAGCAUACGACGUAUCUACUAUUGAUCUUCCUCGUCCCUCUUGCAGUGGCACUCACCCUCUUCAUUCUCUACAUCCACAACAACUGGACAUCAAGAUGGCUCUUUUGCCUACUCGUCUUGGCAUUGAUCUGCCAUUUACUCAUUCGACACUAUAUCCGAUCUUCUUUAAACUCCAUCCGAGACACCUUCUCUGCAUAUGUGUCGGAAACCAAGAAAGCGAUUGUUGCGGCUUUGGUCUUACUUACUGCAUUCCUGGAAUAG